AUGGCUGGUGUGGAUGGUGGAAAGCCCUGGGAGCCCAGCCCAGAGCCCGAGGACCUGGGCUCCUCUCAAGGCCUGAAGCAGAACUGGCACCAGCGGAUUUUUGUCAAUCGUAGCCUGGCUCUGGGGAAGAUCCGCUGCUUUGGCUUUGACAUGGACUACACUCUGGCUGCCUACAAGUCCCCAGCCUACGAGGCUUUGGCCUUCGAGUUGCUGCUGGAGCGCCUGGUGUGCGUCGGGUAUCCACACGAGAUCCUGCGCUACACCUAUGACUCUGCCUUCCCCACCAGGGGCCUGGUGUUCGAUGCACUCUAUGGGAACCUGCUGAAGGUGGACACCCAUGGGAAUGUGCUGCUGGGAGUCCAUGGCUUCGCCUUCCUCUCUGAGGCUGAGAUCUGGAGCUUCUACCCCAGCAAGUUCAUUCAGAGGGACGACCUGCAGCGGUUCCACAUCCUCAACACGCUCUUCAAUCUGCCUGAAACCUACCUCUACGCCUGCCUGGUGGACUUCUUUUCCAGCUGCUCUCGCUACACCAACUGUGACACUGGCUAUCAGCAUGGGAAUCUCUUCAUGUCCUUCCGAAGCCUCUUCCAGGAUGUGACUGAUGCCAUGAAUAAUGUCCACCAGUCGGGCUGUCUCAAGGAGAAGACCUUGGAGAACUUGGAGAAAUACGUGCAGAAGGAUGCACGAAUCCCCAUCCUGCUGGGCAAGAUGAAGGAGGUUGGGAAAGUGUUUUUGGCCACGAAUAGCAGCUACAACUACACCGAUGCCAUCAUGACCUACCUGUUUGGCGUCGGUGAGCCCGAGGUGUCAGCCAGACCCUGGAGGUCCUACUUUGACCUGAUUGUGGUAGACACACAGAAGCCCCGCUUCUUCGCAGAAGGGACAGUCCUGAGACAGGUCAACACGGACUCAGGGAAGCUCCGUGUGGGCACCUAUACAGGGCCCCACCAGCACUGUGCUGUCUACUCUGGAGGCUCAUCGGAUGUGGUGUGUGAGCUGCUUGGGGUGCGGGGGAAGGACAUCCUGUACGUCGGGGAUCACAUCUUUGGGGACAUUCUCAAGUCCAAGAAGCGGCAGGGCUGGCGGACUUGCCUGGUGGUUCCUGAGCUGUCCUGGGAGCUGGAUAUCUGGGCCCGGGAGAAGGAGCGGUCAGAGGAGCUGAAAAGGCUGGACAUGUGCUUGGCAGACCUAUACCAGCACAUGGAUGGAAGCAGUCAGGGGCUGCAAGUCAUCAGUUCCACCAAGCAGGAGAUUCAGAGGGUCACCCGGGAGCUGGACCUGUGCUACCGCACCAUGGGAAGCCUAUUCCGCUGCGGUUUCCGUCAGACACUCUUCUCCAGCCAGCUGAUCCGCUACGCUGACCUCUACACUGCCACCUGCCUCAACUUCCUGCACUACCCUCUCAGCUCACUGUUCCGGGCGGCCCCGGAGCUGAUGCCGCAUGAGUCAGCUGUGGAGCAAGGACAGGCCAAGGUGGGCCUUGCCUCCUACCUCUCCUGUAGCUGCAGGGUCGAGCACAAAGAGACAGAUGAGGACCAGGAGGGCUGCCUUGAGGCUAAUUGAAUCCUGGACUUGGGCCUGGAUCCUGGGUCAUCUUCCACCUGAGAUAUUUUUCAGAUAACAGGGAAAGCAUGGAUGAAGGAAAAGCAACAGUAUUGAAAUUUCCUACAUUUAACAAAUUUGGAGGCCAAUGCCCCUUUAGGGAGGAAGGAGCAUUAUUACUCUUAUCCUAGAAGGUGUCCCCCAUGGCCUCUGAGCCAUUUGGGAAGGUGUGUAAAGGGGGAUUAUUUUAUCAUUUUUCUAAGCUACGUCAUGUUUC